AUGGCGGCCAAACGCUCCCGAGACACUAAUGCAAACGCCGAAACGCGGAAUAAUACAGAAGCUCCGAUCAAGAAGAGAAAGGGCUUUUCAGUCGGCCCUGCAAAUCUACCCGAUGGCACCUAUCGCCGAAAGACCCAAAAGAUCAAGUCCGACCUGAUCCAAAAAGCCAAGGUCAAGAAAGCCUAUGCCAAAGUCAAGGCCGAAGAAGAGCUUGCCAACGCUCAACGCAAGCCUACCUAUGCGGUUGCCGACGCAGAUGCCGAGAGGAACGAGAAGUCGCCCGAGCCUGAACCCGCCGCCCCCGAGCUUCAUCCGGAUCGACUGGCGAUGUUGAAUGAACCGGUUCCGGAACCCUCACCCAAACCGGAGCGCUCGCAAAACCGGGAGCGCCGACAGAAGAAGCCCAAGCGAUCUGCGUUCACCAGAGAGAUGGAAGCCGCCGAACAGCGUCGUCAGGAAGCGGAGAAGCGGAGGAAGGACCGAGAGUUUAGACAGAAGAAUCGAGAGGACAUGUCCCGCGCGAGGCGGCCGGACCAGUUCGGUAAUAGAAGGCUGGGUCGCGAAAGCAAGGUGCUGUUAGAUCGCGUGCAAAGACUGGUUGGUCAGACGUAG